AUGUUGAACCGCGCCCUCUCCAUCCGCUCCUCCAACCGCUCCUCCAACGGCACCACCUCCACAACAACAUCCUCCGGCACCACCACCACCACGGCCUCCUCCUCCCACCGCAAGCCCUUCUCCUUCCACUCGCUGCGCGGCGCCUCCCAGCCCGCCCUCUCCAAGCGCCUCUACCGCCUGAUCAAGUCGGCCAACACGCUGGUGUCGGCGCACGAGACGGCCGCGCGCGAGCGCCUGUCCAUCGCCACCCAGCUGUCCGAGUGGGGCGAGCAGACGCCCGCGGCGUACACUGUCGCGGGUGGGAGUGGUGGGGGCGGGAGUGGGAAUGAUGCGGCGGUGUCGGAUGUGAGCGACAAGAUCGGGGUGUUGUUGUCGGAGCUGGGUGAGCAGGAGGAGGCCUAUGCGGCACGGCUGGAUGAGAGCCGUGCGGUGUUGAAGGUGGUGCGGAAUACGGAGAAGAGCGUGCAGCCGAGUCGGGAUGGGAAGAGGAAGGUGGCGGAGGAGAUUCAGAGGCUAAAGAUUAAGGAGCCGCAGAGUGCGAGGCUGGUGACGUUGGAGCAGGAGCUGGUGAGGGCCGAGGCGGAGAAUUUGGUGGCGGAGGCGCAGUUGGGGAAUGUGACCAGGCAGAAACUCAAGGAGGCGUACACCGUCGACUUCCUCGCCACGAUCGAGCGCGCCGAGAAGCAAGCCAUCCUUGCGAGGCACGGGUUGCGGUUGUUGCAGCUGCUGGAUGACACACCCGUGGUACCAGGAGAUGUGCGACCUCCAUAUGCGCAUGCCUCACAAACGAGGCAAAUUCUGAACGACGCCGAAGAUGACUUGCGGGAGUGGCGGUUAGAUGCUGGAUUUAUGGGUGACGAUAAGACCGUCGUCAUGGAUGGGAGCGAGCCGUCAACACAGAGAGCUGAGGAGACGGGGAAGCAGAAGGAGAAGCCGAAGCAAAAAGAGGCUGAAAAGGGACACGUUCCUGGCACAAGUGGCGACGGAUUGGGUGACAAGUACUGA